GAGGAGCUGCAGCAGCCAGAACUUCUGCCCAGAUCUCCGCGGCUCCCUGCCGGACCUCGUCUCCGCUGCGGCCCCGGGGCUCGCUGGAUUCUACCCGGACCUCCUCCCUCACUGGACCCGGGACCGCCUCUCCGGAGUAACCGGAGCCGUGUCCACGCAGCAGCUCCGUUAAACCACCGGUUGAUCCGGGAGCUGCGGAGGAGGUGCUGAGCUGGACCUCCGCCUGGCCGGGACCGGGUCUUUGUUCCCGGCUCUGGGGAUCCAGGUGAGCCGCCGCGGCUGCGGACACUGAUGCGGCGGAGAGCCUGAGCCCUGACCCGGGGGGAGAUGCUGCUGUCCGGCGGCCGCUGCGGUCGGGACGGGGAUGCGGCGGAGCGGCCGCGCCCGGUCCGGGAGCGGCUGGAAGCCGCCGUGUCCGGGCUCGGGGAGCUGGAGUUCCUCCGGCAGCGGCAGGAGGAGCUGGUCCGGGCCGCACUGGAGCUCCAGGAGGCAGCGGAGGACCGGCGGAGGGAGGUGCAGCUGAGCUCCGAGGAGAAGCUGCUGGAGGAGAACAUCCUGCUGCUCCGCAGACAGCUGAACUGUCUGCGUAGGAGAGACGUUGGACUCCUCUCUCAGCUGCAGGAGUUGGACCGACAAAUCAGUGACCUGCGAUUAGACACAGAGGCGUCGCAUGACCUACCGGAAACAGACAGCCGGCCGAGUUCAGGUUUCUUCGAGCUGAGCGACGCAGCGUCUGGAUCGCUCUCCAACUCCUCCAACUCUGUUUUCAGUGAAUGUUUCUGCAUGACCAUUGACGCUGACGGACGCCUCACAACUACAGAUGAGGCGCCUGGCUGUUCGGAGUGUGACAGACUGUUCGGAGGGCUCUGGGAUGACUCCUCCUCCUCCGCCACAGUCCGACGCUCCGUCUCGGCUCCUCACCCGCCGGCCUCAGACGUCUCCUCCUCGCUGGUUUCCACUGAUGUCCAGUCCGUGUUCCACUGUGACCUGCUGUCCCGGAGCGGCGGCGAAGUGUACCGCUACCCGAGCCCGCUGCACGCUGUGGCCGUCCAGAGUCCUGCUGACUUUCUGGGCCACGGGGGUCAUGGACGACAGGAGACUGGCAACGAAGGACUCAAACCAGAAACAUCCUCCUUUGUACCUCCGAGCUCCUCCUGGCCGGCCUCCUCCUCCCCAUCUUCUUCCUCCCAGACUCCUCCUCAUAAACGACUGGAUGGCUACAUCUACAGCCUGCUGCAGCGCCGGGCCCAGCCUGUCCGGACCUGCAGACCCAGAACUAGCAUCAGCACCGACCCCUCAAAGAGCGUCCUGAGGCAGGUCGGCCUCUGCAGCCGGCAGCUGUCCAGUUCUGGAUCUGGUCCCGGUCCUAGUCCUGGGACUCUCAGAGCAUCUGAGCUCCAACCCUUCAUCGCAGCCUCCUCAUCCCCUCAGAGGCAGGUCUCUGUGGAGAGGAAGGCUGAGGAGCAGGAGACCACCAAUGUUUUACUCAGCUGUAGCGAGACGAUGCCAAGCAGCUUUCAGCUCAGCGGGUCGCCUCGUGCACUCGGUGCUAAAACCUCCUCAACAGCCACAAACCAAGAUGUUCAAAUGAACUCUCUCAGAAAACAGAGCAAAGUUGUACUUCCUCUGGGACCGGCGAUCGCUGCCACUCCGCUCAAAGAUUUCCAGGAGCUCAGCAGCGUCACUGUUGGCUACUCCCCCAAAGAAAGUAAACGACCACGUCGACCCCCUGACCAGGAGCUUCUCCUCAAACCACCUCCCCAAUCCGGUCCUCCCAAAACCCGCCCAAGGCCUCUCCACAGCACCCUGACAGAUAGCCCAUAUGUACCGGAGCAGCAGCCUGUCGCGGCGUCCAGCCUGACUCAGCACGAAGACAGGCGGAGUCGUGGGGUCAAAAACGUCUCCAUCCAUUGCAAGGUCCGAAAGAGCGGGAGCAGGAAGUCUGGCCGGUUGAGGAGUGCAGUCACACUGAAGACCGUUCAAGAGUCCGAACACAUUGAGGCCCCGCUGGUCAGAAGAGGUGAUAAAUCGCACCGCCGGGCCAAAGGGUCCCGCCUCUUGGACGACGGAGGCUCCACCCGCACCACAACUUCGAAGAGGGGCGUUUCCUCCAGAACCAAGCGCAUCGCCACGCCACAGGCAGAAAGUCAAGUGGACAGACCGAGCGUAUCUACGCCCCGCAGCGUCCGCUCAGCUGUGUCCAAGCACCAUCACCAUGGAAACCACCACCGUCGCCAUCAGCACGGCCGUGAGCCGGUCGUGGUCAUCACCAAGCUGAAACACAAACGUGACGAUUACCAGCGCUUACGCACCACCGCAGAGGUCCCGUACGACGAGGCACUGAGGCGCGCUCAACGACGUCGGAGAAAGGAAUUACCGACCGACGCAUACGCGGCGUCCUCCCCUGGCGGGCGCGUCUGCAGCCCGUAUGCUUACACCGCAGGAAGCGACUCGGAGUACUCAGCCGAGUGCGCGUCGCUCUUCCACUCCACCAUCAUGGACACCAGCGAGGACGAGACGUCCAACUACACCACCAACCGCUUUGGGGACAGCGAGUCCGGCGAGGACGCCCUCAGCACCAGCGACACCGAGGAGAGCGGAGGAGGCGGGGCUGGGGGGCCGGGCAGGGCCCGGGGGCGGGGCGGUGCAGCAGGGCAGGACGUGACGAUGACUCCAGCUCAGGCGAAGGCCUGCGUCAAGAUCAAAGCCUCCCACAACCUGAAAAAGAAGAUCCUGCGGUUCAGAUCGGGUUCGCUCAAACUCAUGACCACCGUGUGACCCUUCGUCUUUGGUCCAAGUUUUAAUAGUAAACUCUUUGAAUUUUUUGACUUCAUUACAGAACAUGACUUUUUUUCCAAACUAAACUUGGACCUGAUUGGCUGUCAUGCCAUCAUUUGAUACAGAAAAUUCUAAAAAAUAAUUUGUCACUCUGAAGUGUUUUGUUGGAAUUUGCCAUGUUUGUAAUGAUCUUUGGUUUUAUAUUUAUUAUCAUGUUUGUUUUUUAAACACUUCAGAUCUGCGAUGUUUUAAGAGCUAAUAUAUUUGCUUUGUGCGUAUAUAAGGAAAAAAAACACACGUACUAACCCCCUGACGCGCAGCUCUUUAUAUUUGUAACAGCGGUAACCAUGGUAACCCUUUAACGUGCAUGUGGAUGUUAACGUUCUUUCAGGUGAGACGGUAAAAAUGCUUUGAUACUUUAUGAAGCGUCCUGUGAUCCAAGCCACCAUUAUCAGUCCCCCACGUGAGGUGCCGGGCCCAGCAGCACCAGCUACAGGUCCUCGGUGUGUCGCCCCCUAGUGGUGCGAGUUAAGAUUACAGCAGGAGACAAAAUUCUGUCCAGAGGCAAGGUGAGACCCUCGCAUCUGCGCUAAAACUCGUUCAUCAGACCAAACUGAUCAAAUUCAAAACAAACUAAGAAGCAGUUCUACGUUGAGUUUUCCUCACGUAAACCAGAGUCGUCAAACUGGAUGCAAGGUCGUCAUCACCAUUGGUGUUUUUGCUAUCUUCUUUUAUAAUCAAAUGAGAAACUGUCUCUGCUUCCACGACGAUUCAACUCCGUGCCUACUUAUAUCUGAGGAACUAAUGCGGACUGGUGCUUCAAACGUACAACCAAAUGUUUCUGAGCUGUAAACCAAUCAGAACGCUUGAUGGUUCAGCUCAAGAUGGACCUCUAAAUCCAGGACAGGAAUACUUUAGCUUAGCUGAGCACAAACAAUAGAAGUGGAAGGGAGUUAGCACAUAUUAGCAUAUAAUCUCAUGCUGCAUUUAAUGGAGCAUCACCUAGCUGUAGGUAGCUAACUCAUCUGUUUGGUGGUUUUUGAAGUAAGUGAUGACGUUUUUAAUGUGGUUUAGUGUAGUGAUUAAUAACAAGGGAAUUUUUGUAUGUUGAAACAGAAAGCCAUUAACCUUUUUGCUUUUGUUACCGAAGGAUUUUCCUACAAUAGUUAUAUAAUGCCUAAUGCUUAUCAGUCAUUACUGAGUCGGACUGUUGUGGAAAACAAAGUUUUGCUUAUGUAGGAGCCGUUAUCAAAUAACACUUAAGAAAAGAUUCCAUUUAGAAAAUGUAGUAAUAUUAAGACAGAAAUCCAGCAGGCCCCAUUUAUAUAAAAUGAAAAUACAUCACUUUUGGGUUUUUGUUUCAGCAGAAGUUAGUGUUUACUCGGCAAAGUUUUGAAAAUGUUUGAAAAAAAAAAACAUUUAUGGCACGAACAUUCUUUGUUGUAUUGCUAUUUUGGUGACUCUCAUUAAUAAAAUGAAAAUAAGUAUAUGGACAGUUACACCUUGCGGGCCAUGCUCAAAAAAGUUGCCUUUUCAGUGGCUCUGACCGCCAUUGUCGUGUAAACAGAUGCCCAAAACGCAAUAAAGUUUUUCAUUUUCAUUUGAAAUUAUAUCGUGUAAACGGAGCCUGAAACAGCAGUGAGGAUGUUGGUAUCUGAAAUCUGGACAGUUUAGUCAGUAAAGUGUGUUUUAUGUUAGCCAAACUGUAAAUAUCUGAAUUUUAAAAAGGGUCAAUAAUUGCACUAAAAUAUUGUUUUUGUUUCAGUAGCAGGGUUGCUUUUUUUCUAAUGGUGCCGGAUUAAAAUGCUAAGUACCUUAAUGUGAUUUCAAAACUCACAAUAAGAAAAAUAUGACUGUUUUGUAGUAGUUUUUGAAUACAUUAUAAAGUGUUAAUCAUUGGUUCUACAGUGAAGCUGUGAACAUUUAGGAUGUGCUUCUAAUAAAAAUGUAUUAACUAUUCAAAUAAAAAAGUAGCUAGCUUGCUAAUGCUAACUUUGUUAGUAUUGAAUUCUUCCACUUUUUGUGCUGAGCUAGGCUGAAUGAAAAUUCACAGACUGAAUAGGUGUAGCUACUGGACACAUGGAGACUUUUUACUGUAUCGCCUUAAAAAUGUCACUUUUCCUUAAAACUCUUUAAAGCUUUGAAUGUUUAAAAUGUUAAAACUAAAUCCAGUAAACCCUGUUUUCUUAGCCGUCACGCGCUGCCUUCCUGUGAAGCAGAUCUUCAUUUUUUCACAAAUAUUUUCAUUCAGACUAACCGACUGUUACUGAGUGUGUGUGUGUGUAAAUAUAAACACAACAUGAUGGUGCUGAAACUUUUUAUCCCUUAUUAAACUCCA